AUGGCGAACCUAUCGGAGUUGACCAAGCUGGGAUGGUUCGUGAUGUCCCCUGGAAAAGAAUUUGAUCACAAUCAUAUGUUACUAACACAAACCACUCAAAAGGAUUAUGAGAAGUUGUGCCGGUUGGAUGUUUUAGGACUUGCCGACACCUCAGAACACGAUCAAACCUCAGUGUAUGGAGAGUUUAAGGAACAAUUGGUCAGGAGUUCAGAAGUUUACGAUGCAUCCGCUCGAGCGACUCCAAGUGCUCCAUCCUUGAAUGAUUGCCUUUACCCAGGCCCGCCGUUACAGAAUAAGCUUUGGAGCGUAUUGGUUCAUCAUCGUUCAUUUCCAGUUGCACUUUGUGGCGAUAUAGAAAAGGCAUUCCUCCAGAUCCGAAUAAAAGAACAAGAAAGAGAUGCCUUACGGUUUCACUGGAAGAGUGACAGUCAACCUGAACCCUUGACAUAUAGAUUCACAAGAGUCGUCUUCGGCCUAACUUGCUCCCCAUUUCUGCUUGGGGGAGUGCUAGAGCAUCACCUAGAAACUUGGAAAACAAAGAUGCCAGAUAUCGUUGAGGAACUGAAGAAAUCUAUGUAUGUCGACGAUCUGCUUAGUGGGGGACAAACAGUAGACGAAGCCAAGGAAAGGAAAAGGAAAUCAAUCGAUGUAUUCAACGACGCCAAUUUCAAUUUGCAUAAGUGGAACUCAAAUGCCCAUGAGCUUGAAGCAGAUGAAGAAGAAAAGGAUGAUGAAGAAGAAACUUUAGCAAAACAACAACUUGGAACAAAAUCUGGAGAAUCUAAAGUGCUGGGACUGUUAUGGAAAAAGAAAAGUGACGAGAUUUCCAUAGUGAUCCCAUCAGAGAAAUCGGCAAAACGAAACGUGAAAGGAAAGAUAAUUUAUCGUGAUAUCUGUAAGGAGAAGCUCUUGUGGGAUGUACGGCUAAGCCAUUCUUUGAAGUAUCGAUGGGACUGCUGGGAGAGCAAUCUUCCGUGUGAAGUAAGUGUUCCGCGAUCAUUAGCUGGGUUCCGAGAACCAAUCAAGUCUUUAGAGCUGCACGCAUUCGGGGAUGCUAGCACACAAGGUGUAGGAGCUGCAGUGUACUCAGUUAUUCAUCAAGAAUCGGGAACUACUCAAAUUCUAGUUGCUGGUAAAAGUCGUCUGGCAAAAGAGGACCUAACUGUUCCACGGCUAGAACUUGUGUCAGCCCACAUGGCAGCGAACCUUCUUGUGAAUGUGCGAAACGCUUUGGAUCAUUUGUCGCGGCCGCAAAGUUUUGCAUGGCUAGACAGCACUGUCGCCUUGCAUUGGAUACUUGGACGGGGCCAGUAUAAGCAGUUUGUCUCAAACCGUGUCCGUAAGAUACACCAACAUCCUGAAAUAAAAUGGCGAUAUGUGCCCACAUCCGAAAAUCCUGCAGAUUUGGCCAGCAGGGGUGGGAAAUUAAAUCAGACGUGGCUGUACGGUCCAGAAUGGUUAUCUGAUAUGAGCAGAUGGCCAACUAAUAUAACCACAACUCCAACUACUGCAACAGAAGCAGAAGCGACAGUCUCCCAAAAAGGUAUUGCAAUGACAACAAAACAGUACAGUGGUGAUGUUCUGGAACAGUUAUUAAGAAAAUGCUCACUUAAACGAGCUCUAAGAGUGUCGUCAUGGCUCUUCAGGUUCGUAAACAAUUGUACACAAAGGGAAAAGAGAACAGGACCAUUAUCCUUUACCGAGAUUGAAGAGGCUAAGAUGAAAUUUGUCAAACAAGCCCAAAAGCAAGGUCAAUUACAACCAAAAUUCCUUGCUAGCUCAAAGAGUAGUGGAAAAGUUGCAUCGUGA